AAAAUGGACCUGCAGAAUUAUUCUGUGGUGUCAGAAUUUGUGUUACAUGGGCUCUGCUCUUCACAAUACCUACAAAUUUUUUUCUUUGUAUUUUUCUCUGGGAUUUAUGUGUCCAUUAUUUUGGGAAACCUCCUCAUUAUCAUAGCUGUAAUUUCUUCUCACCACUUGAACUCCUCACCAAUGUACUUUCUGCUUGGGAACCUGUCUUUCCUAGACAUGUGGCUGGCUUCAUUUGCUACCCCAAAGAUGAUUAUGGAUUUCCUUAGUGAUCAAAAACUCCUCUCCUUUGGGGGAUGCAUGGUUCAGAUCUUUCUCUUGCACUUUACUGGUGGGGCUGAGAUGGUGCUGUUGGUUACCAUGGCCUAUGACAGAUAUGUAGCUAUAUGCAAACCUUUGAAUUAUAUGACAAUGAUGAGCCGGAAGACUUGCAUCAAGCUGGUUUUGGUUUCAUGGGUCAUUGGAUUUCUGCACUCCAUCAGUCAAUUAGCCUUCACUGUGAAUUUACCUUACUGUGGCCCAAACGAGGUGGACAGCUUCUUCUGUGAUCUUCCUCUAGUGGUUGAACUUGCCUGCAUGGACACCUACAUCUUGGGUUUAUUUAUGAUGGCAGACAGUGGACUGAUUUCUGUGAGCUGCUUUCUGCUCCUUAUGGUCUCCUAUGCUGUCAUUCUUGUGACUGUCCACCGGUGGGCUGCAGGUGGAGUAACUAAAGCACUCUCCACUUGUUCUGCACAUGUCAUGGUAGUCACGCUGUUCUUUGGGCCAUGCAUUUUCAUUUACUUGUGGCCUUUCAGCAGGUUCUCUGUAGACAAGCUCCUGUCUGUGUUUUACACUAUUUUGACUCCACUCUUGAACCCCAUCAUCUAUACAUUGAGAAAUGAAGAAAUGAAAGCAGCUAUGAAGAAACUGUGGAACAGACAUGUGACUUUUCACUGA